AUGGAUCCAGGCGCUGCGGAAGGGCCGGGCCGGCUGGCCAGCCCAGGAAGGGAGCGCGGGCGCGUCGUCCGAGGGACCGAGGCGUGCCGGGAGGAUCGGGCGGCGGGGUGGGCGCCGCGGCAGCAGCAGCUCUGGGCGGCCGCAGGAGCGCCAGGCCUCCUCCCCUCCCCUCCCCUCCCCUCGGCGGGCCGCGUGACAUCAAAGGGCCGGCGGGCGUAUAAAGGGGCUGGCGAGGGGGCCGGCCUUCUAGAAAGCUGGAGCAAGGCGGCGCCGGCUGGACGCGCCUCGGGGCCGAGGCCGCCCUGGAGCCAUGAACGUGGUGGGCGGCUACCCGGGCCACCCGCACCCGGCGCUGCUCCACGAGCCCUUCCUCUUCCGCCGCCGCCGCCGCCCCCGCCGCGCUGCUUCCCGCCGGCCGAGCGUCCCUUCGCCCCGGGAUGGCUGCUGAGCGCCGCCGCCGCCGCCGAGCUCUCCCCGCAGCCCCCGCCGCCGCCGCCGCCGCCUCCCGCUGAGCUGCUCUGCGCCGCCGCCGCCGCCGCUGCUGCUGGGCUGGGCCCUUCGUCGGCAUCGCCCGGCUCGUCUUACGGCAGCAGCCCGCCCGAGGGCCUAGGGGGGCGGCGGCGGCGGGCGGGCGGGCCGGCGGCGGCGGGGGCGGCGGCGGCGGGCGGGCCGCGCAAGGAGCGGCGGCGGACCGAGAGCCUGAACAGCGCCUUCGCCGAGCUGCGCGAGUGCAUCCCCAACGUGCCGGCCGACACCAAGCUGUCGAAGAUCAAGACGCUGCGCCUCGCCACCAGCUACAUCGCCUACCUCAUGGAGGUGCUGGCCAAGGACCGGCCGGCCGCCGAGGGCUUCAAGGCCGAGCUCAAGAAGGCCGAGCCCCGCGACGCCAAGAGGAAGCGCGACCCGCAGUCGGAGGCCUACUCUCACUCUUUAGGCCACGGAGAGAAAAGGCUUAAGGGCAGGACUGGCUGGCCUCAGCAGGUCUGGGCGCUGGAACUGAACCAAUGAAACCGGGAAAGAACGAACUCGACCCACACUCUCACACACACCGCGCCCC